CUAUGAGUUGGAAUCUACUCAGUGGCAGUGCAUUUGGUUUUGGGUUGAUUGCUGUUGGAUAUUUAUUUUAUUCUUAGAAACAGUAAAGCAUGUGAUAAGGAGCCUAUUAGGUCACAUAAUUUAAUUAAAUCGUCUUUUGAAAAAGCAUUUGUGUUGCUAUAUGUGUUUAUAUUUCUAAUUUUUUCCCCAUUGCAGACCAUUCAUCAAUAAUUUUAUAUCCAAGGCCCAAAAGUUUGUUACCCAGGAUGAUGAAUGCUGACAUGGAUGCAGUUGAUGCUGAAAAUCAGGUGGAACUGGAGGAAAAAACACGACUUAUUAAUCAAGUGUUAGAACUCCAACACACACUUGAAGAUCUGUCUGCAAGAGUUGAUGCAGUUAAGGAAGAAAAUCUGAAGCUAAAAUCAGAAAACCAAGUUCUUGGACAAUAUAUAGAAAACCUCAUGUCAGCUUCUAGUGUUUUUCAAACAACUGACACAAAAAGCAAAAGAAAAUAAGGGUUGAUCUCCUCUGUGUUUUAUGGAAUUGCUGCUGGUUUUUUUUUCUUUAAAACCUGGAUAGAUUCCAAAAGUUACAGUACUUUUGUUUGUGGCUUCACUGAAUAUUUACGAAGAUAAUGGCAGAUCUAGAGCACUAAGAGCAUAACAAGAGACUUCUCUGAGUUUGUGUAUUAUGUUAGUCUAUGAAAAUGUGCAAAUGUACUUUAUAAUUAGAAUUGCAUAUAUUUAUGAAAACUUGAAAAUGUUUUAUCAGAUUUGCUUUGAUUUUAGUUUAGCAGUGUUUUUUAUUGUAAGCGUAGUAAAAGAUGAUACAAGAAAGUAACUACCAUGUUGUGAAAGUGACCAAAAUCAUGUACGGAAUGCACAGCUUUGUAUGUUCCCUGUCCACCAUCUUGUGCCUCUUUUCCAUUUGCCUCUUCUUUCCCAUUCCCGUUCCUCUUAGGAAGAAAAAUGUUGGUUUCAUAUUUGUAAAAGUAAUUUUAAAAGUUAAUCAUUUAUGAAUAACCUGAACUCAUUGUUGAAACUUAAAAUAACUUUCUCAGCUAAGGCCUGUCACAGGUUACAUUUAGUAAUAAGAUAGGACUGUUGAUUUUUCUUUUAAUACAUUGAAAACAGGCUAUAAAAAUGAAGAUUGUUCCUUGAAACUAUGAAUUUUCAAAUUGGGAAAAUUUGUUAUUCAAUACUUCCUUCUACACAAAAUGACCAACUUGGUAUCUGAAAAAAAAAUGGGCUCUGGUUGUGUGUGUUUAAAAUAGGAAAUCUUGGGUAAAAUGGAAAUACGCUGGGAAAAAUAUUUGGUAAACAGUAGUAACCAACUCCAAAUGUUUUCGUUCCAAAUUUGUGUUGUCAUCUCCGCAGAUUAGGUCUCACUGGGUUAACAUAUAUGAAAGUGGAUUAAGUCUGACUAUCUUAGUGUAGGAAACCCUGGGGCAUGGUGGUUAAGAGCUACGACUGCUAACUAAAAGGUCUGCAGUUCGAAUCCACCAGGUGCUCCUUGGAAACCCUAUGGGGCAGUUCUACUCUGUCCAAUAGGGUCGCUAUGAGUCGGAAUCGACUUGAUGGCAAUGUUUUUUUUUUAAUCUUAAUGUAAACCACAUCUGGAAGACAGCAGUUACAAAGAGUUUGGGCUCUUAAGGUUUAUUUAUAGCACCCAGAAGAUUGUCUUUUGCAGAAACCCUUAAGAGUUUAUUAGUAUCAGAAUCAUGAAGAAAAUGGGAAAGUUUUUCAUGUGUACUAAUCGAUAAUCUUCCUCAGUCUUUUAUCUCACCACUUCUUCCAGAAUUAUCUGUAAAUCUGACUAUAGAGUUCUAGGCAUCCUUUUACUAAACAGUUUUUUAAAAUUCAGUUGUAGGUUCCAUUUUAAAAGGGAAUCUAUCAGAAGUAAUGUUAAAAGGGAGGAAGAGAGAUCCACUAAUACAGUUUAUGGUUAUUAGAUUUGGACUACUUUUAAUCAUGUAAUCUUAUGAUUGUAUUGGUAUAAGUACGAUUUGUUAAAUGACUUUAGCUGUAUGAAUACAUACUAGUCAUACUGCAAACAUUCGGCAUCCCUCUUGUGACCUAAUUUACAAACAUUUAAAAAUUGUGUUGCAAUUCUGCUUUGCUGUUUAAUAAAAAGCCGUUUCAGAGAUUGUGUGUUUUGAUAUGAUUGCCUGGGUAACUGGGGUAUGUAGUGGCAUGUCCAGGGUUGUUCAUAGCCACAGGAUAAAUAGCCGGUCUUAAGUAUGCGUGUUACUGUGUGUUUAGGGCAAUACUGUUUUUAUUAAAACAAAUAUUGCUGGGUAUUACACAUUAAUUUUAAAAAUAAAAGCAAAACAUUCAAAGAAAAAGGAAACCAAGAUCUCCAGCGUAAAAACUCGAAAAAAACCA